AUGCAUGCAUCGGCAACAGCAGCGUCUCGCUGCUGUUGUGACAAGGUUAUAAGCCACUGCGUGGUUCCCAGGGCAGCUUGGUCUCCCGUGUCCCAACUGGCUCCGGGACGCUUGGCCAAGCGGACAUCUGAGCUCGCGUUCGAGCUCUUCGAGAGCCCCUCGCGCGGACUUGUCCGACAGCAGCAACCCGACAACAAUGGGACGACGCCGUCAGCAUGGGCCUCCUCCUCGUCGCCACCAACGUCGUCCUCCUCCAAGCCAUGCAAGCCAACAUCGGCCAUUGCAGCGCUCAAGAAGCUCCCCAGCACGCUCGGCCCAGAGCGUGUCGCGCUCCUCCCGCGCAUGGACGUCCACUACCGCCGCCACGAAGGCUACCACCUGCGCGUGGUGAUCCCUCACGACGACGUGCCGCGCACCGCCGACUUGCGGCACGUUGUCGCCGCGCUCAACCGCUCGAGCGUGCACGCGAUCCAGCUCCACCAGUGGGUCGCGGUCGACGAGGGCAUGGCCGCCAUUAGCGCCGCCUUGGCGCAGCUGCUCGACGAGCUCGACCUCCCGUCCCUCCGGCGCCUUAGUUUGCCGAUAGACCGCGUAAAGACCGACAUGCGUCCACCGUUCGGUGCGCUUGUGCGCUACCUCAACUCUAAUCGCUCAUUUGGUCUCACCCAUCUGCGCGUUAACAUCGCCUACCGCGGCGGCCCUGACCCCGAGGUAGCCGAGCUAAUCCGCGCGGCAGAGGUGCACCCCACCCUCGUGCAUCUAGAGGCCAACGCACAUAACGCGGAGCGCGUCAAGUCCGCCGUCGCCAACGCGCUCGUUCCCAGUCGCGUCAUUCUACGCGGACUGUAUUCGCUACCGUCUGUGGACCCAGUGACGUCUUUGACAGGAGAGCAAGAGGCGUCACCACCCUCGACCGCUGUCAGGACACCCCUAGGCACAAACCUUGCGAGCCGGAUCAAGUCAAUGUUCCUGCCCAUGUCAUCGCCCAAAAGAGUAUUCCACCGCAGGUCGUCGUCGCACUCGUCAAUCUCGUCCUUGUCGUCAUGUUCCUCGGACACGAGCACGAGUGCGAGCGCCAGCACGAGCGACUCGCCACCUCCGUCACCAAGACUUGGCAGCCUCCCUACCCCGCCAUCAUCGCCGCUCGCCCAGCUCCCCGUCGAGCUUGUUCUGCUCAUCCUCCAACACACGUCGGGCGACAUGCAUGCCCUCACUCCGCAGCAGUGGAACCGUCUGUUCGCGCAUGCUCAAGAGCCAAGAGAACUCGUGUCUCUGGCACGCGCUGCCAAGUGUGCCAUUGUCGGGGAUGGGUCGUCGUCCUCGUCCUCGUCCUCGUCGCCGACGCUGCCAAGAAGCGACAUGGUGUGGGUGCCCGGCCGAGACGCCGGCUUCAAGCUCGACCAGCAGAACCUACAACAAACAGUGGCCUCACCAGUGUCCAUGGCCGACGUCAUGGACGAGUGGAUGGACGCGGCUGGCUUUCGAUGGGACAAGUAG